UUGCAUCUUCGGGGACAUAGGCUCCGAUAUUACGCUCUGUACUUUGCGGUGACACCAUAUAGCGGCCGCUCCGAACCACCGGAGUGGGUGGCGUCCGCCCAGUAUCUCCGAUGAGUAGUAGGGCACUUUUUAGGGGACCACCUACACCUGCUUUCUUGUAUCUUCAUCGUUGUCUCGAAGACGGAAAGCCGAACCAAAGAUAUCGGUACACCCAGCACAAUGACACCUCCGACUCACUUUAAGCUCAACACUGGCGCCCUGAUUCCUGCCGUCGGACUUGGAACCUGGAAAUCUGAACCUGGAGCGGUGGCAAAGGCAGUGGCCUAUGCCCUCAAGGAUGGAUACCGUCACAUUGAUGCGGCACUAAUUUAUGGCAACGAGAGCGAAGUCGGCCAGGGCAUCAGGGAUAGCGGCGUGCCUCGUGAAGAGAUUUUCAUCACCAGUAAGCUUUGGAACACUGACCAUCCCAACGUCAAGGAGGGUUUGCAGAAGACCCUUGAAGCUUUGGAUACCGACUACCUUGAUCUCUACCUUAUACACUGGCCUGUUCGACUGGUUCCGAACCAGACGAGUGCACUUCUUCCGGUCAACCCGGACGGUACUCGCUCGGUCGACCGAUCGUGGGACCAGAACGAGACCUGGCUCCAGAUGGAGGAGAUUUACAGGUCGGGCAAGUCCAAGGCGAUCGGUGUUGCCAACUGGUCUGUUCCCUAUCUGGAAGAGCUACGCAAGAAGUGGACGGUUGUGCCUGCUGUGAACCAGGUCGAGCUGCACCCCUUCCUUCCGCAGCAUGAACUUCGAGAGUUCUGCGACAAGCUCGGCAUUCUUCUCGAAGCGUAUUCGCCUCUUGGAUCUACCGGUGCUCCGAUCAUGUCGGAUCCCGAUAUCCAACAGAUUGCGGAGAAGAAUGGGGUCUCGGCCGCCACGAUCCUCAUCAGCUAUCACGUCAACAAGGGCGUUGUUGUGCUUCCCAAAUCUGUUACUGAGAAGCGCAUAUCCAGUAACAAAGAGGUCAUUUCGCUUUCCAAGGAGGAUCUGGCCGCGCUCGAUGGUCUAGCUGCUAGAGGCAAGGCGAAGCGCUUGAACACGCCUCUCUGGGGUUUCGAUCUUGGCUUCGCUGACUGGUACGGCCCUGCCAAGUUGCAGUAGCUGGU